AUGGAUGACUUCAUAAGACAAUCGUUAACAAUUUCUGUUGCCCAAAUAUGUAAUAAUAUUGGGUGGCACUCAAUAACAGACUCUUCGAUGAAAAUUAUGACUGACAUUCUUCACCACUACAUCCGUGAUUUGUCAAAAACGUCUAAAAAAUAUGCGGAACAUGCAUAUAGCGAUGUUCCUGAUAUUGAAGACGUGGAAAAGGCCUUUCGUCAAAAAUCUGUAUCAUUGGUUGAAUUACGUAGAUAUGUAAAAAGUACAGGUCCAGUUAAAUUUCCUCAUAGUUUACCUCUAUUAAAUAUAUCAGGAAAGAGUGUAUUAAAUACAUUGAAGCCAGGAAGUAGAGAAAUUGUAACUAGACCUCUUCAUAUUCAUGAACAUCUUCCAACAUUGUAUACAGAACAAAUUGAAGAGGAGCAAAUUACGGAUACAGAACAAAGUCAAAAUAGUAUUGAAAAUAUUAAACAAGAACCAGACGAAGUUAUUUUACACAAACGAUUAAGAGAGAUUUCAAGUGUAGUCAUGACAUCUGGUGGGUUUUUAUCACCAUCUAGAGAAGGCAGAUUGGCAGAAUCUAAAUUAUUGCCAUUUCCAGAAAUCAAAAUUGAUAAACCUCUUGAAACAUCUAAACUGAUUUUACCUAAUAUAGCAAAAGAACCAUCACAAAGAAUUUUAUCAAACAAAAAAAAAACUAAAUCAGGAACAAAGAAAAAACCUAAGGGUUCUAAAACAAAAAAAUUACUUUUACAACAAAAAGAAAAAACACCAGAAAUAUUGAAAAAAAAAAAGAAACCGAAGGAAGAAAAAAUGCCAGUACCAGUACCAUCGCCAUCGCCACCACCACCUAUUCCAGAACCGGUUAUAGAAGAAAUAAUUGAUAUACUAAAUGUAACUGAAAAGUUACAGGUUCCAAAAAAAGUUGUUCUGACAUCUCAUACUAACAAAGUGAAAAUGGAAGAAGUUCUACCCAAAUUUUCAUUUUUUGGUCCUUUACCUCCUGGACCUGGAUUGAUACCAACUGCAUUUCCUCAAAUAAUUAAUCCUGUAAUUAAUGUACCAGAUGUAAUAGAAAAACCAGCCAGUCCAGUAUUACAAGUUGAAAUUGAAGGUAUUAAUCGCAAAGAACAAAAGAAAAAAAGAAAAGACAAGAAAAAGGAGAAAAAAGAAAAAAAAAAGCAAAAAGAUAAAGUAAAGGAAAAGGUAAAAGAAAAAGAGAAGGAUAAAGAAAAGAAAAAAAAUAAAUUAAAAUCUACCAAUAAAGUGCCAAAAAUAAAAUUUAGAUUUGGGUCUCGAUUCGAAACCACGACAAAAGUAUUACCCAUUGAAAAACCACCAGAACCAAAUAUAACUAUAGUUUCAGAACCGGAACCAAUGGAAGUUGAAGUGGACAUUGAAUCAAAAUCAGACAUUUCUAUAGAUAUAUUACAUAACGACAUCAUUGAUUCUCCUCCUAAAGUUCCUAUUCCAAAAAUUAAAACUAAAAUUGUUGCAAAAACCAUUCAGCCUGCAGUUAUACCUCCUGUGGAUGAAACUCCUCCUCCAGCAUUCUAUUUCGACGAAGCUGGUAAUCAAGUAUGGAUAUGUCCUAUGUGCACUAAACCAGAUGAUGGAAGCCCAAUGAUUGGUUGUGAUGGAUGUGAUGUAUGGUAUCAUUGGGUGUGUGUCGGUAUCCAGUGUCCUCCAGACUGUGCUGUUUGGUUUUGUCCAAGAUGCUUAGUUAAACGAGCACAACAACCAAAAGGUAAAAGAGGUAGACCACGUAAAAAUAAAUCUUAG